UUGACACCGGAUGUGAGCUUUAGUGUCAUUGAACUUAUAGACACUGCAAAAAAAUGAUAACCGCCGUUUCCGUAUUGGCAGCCGUUUGUGAAAAUUUACAUACGCCUCCUUCUCAGAAUGCGGAAAGAAAUCUGGCAAGCCACGUGUUUAAAUGGAUAUAAAGCUAGGAAAGGUCCUGAAGAGAUUUACUUUAGAUUUUGCUCUUGACAUGGCGUCUCUUCUCGUCCGCGCUAUCCUGACCAUCGCCGUGGUGGGAUUGUUGUUCGGGCAGGACGCCGCCUUUUGGCUCAGGCGAGGUUCUCGUCGCCCCCGUCCCCGUCCCCAGCCCCGCUGCCCGGACCCCACCGCCGUCCUGCCGGGCGCACAGACCACCUGGGACGACACCUUCACGUUCAUGUGCCCGGAUUUCCAGGUCAUCAGACGUAUCCGGAGCGCUUACUGCAACACGGCUAGAGACAGGGUGUGGCGGUUCGACUGCGAGUCCAUCCCCGGCGUGUCCGUGUUCCAUGAGCUGUUCUGGUCCGGCUGGGUGAAUAACUAUGGUGGCAUCAUGAACUACCAGUGUCCGUUUAACGCCAUCAUCACGGGGUUUAAGAGCCAGCACAACGAUGGCAGGGAGGACCGCAGGUGGAAUGUCCGGUGCUCCAAGGUCUACGAUAUGGUCACGUUUAACAACGUCCUGUCCAACGUCACCAACGAACUUGGCCUGCCGGGCGACUACAACGUUUCUGAUGGCUUCUACCUGAGGGGCAUGCACAGUUACCAUGACAACGACUACGGGGACCGUCGCUACCGUUAUGACACCUGUCUGAUCAGCCUGCCUUAGUCAACUUUGCUGAUACUUCACCUGACAGUCUUCACAAGAAAAGCAGAUGUGAUAGUUUGUGUCAAUGAUCUUACACUGAAAAUAAAUUUGGCGUCAUAAAUAAA